AUGAACGAAGCCCCAGGCCCCGACAUGCUCCCGCAGCCCCCGGUGGACACCUCGCCGGGCUCCCCGGACCGGGGCGACGUCUCGGUGGUGAUCGUGGGGGCGCCGGGCUGCGGCAAGUCGGCCCUGCUCAACGCCGCGCGGGGCCUGGCAGAGGAUGACGCCCGCGCGGCCCCGCUGGGGGCCCCGGCGAGCUCCGGGGGGCCCGUGCUGUACCCCGACCCGGCCCGGCCCAACCUGCUGCUCUGGGAGCUGCCCCUGACAGAGUGCGAGGGGACGGAGCGCUGGCUGGCCGAGGGGGACGUGGUGCUCCUGGCCACCGACGGGCUAUUCGGUGCCAGCCAUGCCCGCCUGGCCCAGGAGGCCCGUGGCGCCGGCAAGACGGUGCAUUUCGCCCGCACCAAGGCCGACCUGGACCUGCACACCCUCCGGCGGCUCCUGGGAGAGCGCUACGACUGGGCCCGGGCCCUCGACGCCCUCCGGGCCGCCUGCACCCAGUCCCUGGCGGCCCAUGGCCUCGGGGAGCCUCCGCCUGUCGUCUUCCUCGUCUCCAGCCACGAGCCCCAAGAGCUGGACGGUCCCCUGCUGCGCCAGGCUCUGGUGGGAGACGUCAGGGUGUACGAGAGGGUGCUGCGCCCGACGCUCUCCGGCUUUGAGCAGAUCAGCGAGCGGGAGGUGGCUGAGAUCCAGGAGGCGUACGAACUGGGCGGCCUGGCGGAGGUGGUGACCCGGGUCCAGUGCAGCCUGGAGACCCUGUGGAACGCCCGGCUGGAUGUGGCCGUCACCGGGGAGUCGGGGGCCGGCAAGUCCACCUUCGUCAACGCCCUGCGAGGCCUGAGCGACGAGGACGAGGGGGCGGCCCAGACCGGCGUGACCGAGACCACGGCCCAGCCCACGGCCUACCCCUACCCCGGCUACCCCAACGUGACGCUGUGGGACCUGCCGGGCAUCGGCACGCCCAGCUUCCAGGCCGACCGCUACCUCGAGGCCGUGGAUUUCACUCGCUACGACUUCUUCAUCAUCCUGGCCUCGGAGAGGUUCAAGGAGAACCACGUCCGCCUGGCCCGGGCCAUCGUGGAGCAAGGCAAACGCUUCUACUUCGUGCGCGCCAAGGUAGACAACGAUCUGGAGGCCACGCGGAGGAGGAAGAACCCGCCCGAGGAAGAGGAGGUGCUGGAGGAGAUCAGGAGGGACUGCCGGGAACGGCUGGGCCAGGCCGGGCUGGGCGACGCCAAGGUCUUCCUCCUCAGCAGCUUCGAGAUGGAGAAAUACGACUUCCAGGCCUUCGAGGACACCUUGGAGCGAGAGCUGCCCGGGCACAAGCGUCACGCCUUCCUCCUCUCCCUGCCCAACCUCUCGGGGGCCAUCAUCGAGAAGAAGCGGCAGCUGCUGCACCAGGAGGUCUGGAAGGUGGCCUUGGUCUCCAGCCUGGUGGCCGCCGUGCCCUUGCCGGGGCUGGCCUUCACCUGCGACGUCUCCAUCCUGCUGAGGAAGCUGGCCGCCUACCGGCAGGAUUUCGGGCUGGACGCGGCCUCCCUGGCCCGGCUGGCGGAGAGGGCCGGGAAGCCGCUGGAGGCGCUGCGGGCCGAGGUGCGCAGCGUGCUCGGGCGCAGCAUCAACAAGGAGGUGGUGAUCGGGCUGCUGGGGAAGGCCACCGGCGGGGGCUUGGUGGUGGUCAACUUCUUCUUCCACCGGAUCCCCAUCUACGGGGCGCUGGCCUCCGGGGGCAUCUCCUUCCACACCACCUACUCCAUGCUCAGCCUGUGUCUGGAGGAGCUGGCGGCCGACUCCCAGCGGGUUCUCGUCAAGGCCUUCGACAGCGAGGUCUGA